AUGUGUUCCAGAGCCUCGCUGGUCGUGAACGAAUCUUUGGAAAAAGAUGUUCUUAGGAGGACCUAUGGAGAAGACCGAAGACCACCGAAGAGGUUAUUCACUCCCGAAAUCAAGAGGUUUUUGAAAGACUGGCUGGUGAGAAGGAGGGAGAACCCUUAUCCGAAUAGAGAUGAGAAGAAAAUACUAGCUGUUCAAACUGGCCUAACCUAUAUUCAGGUCUGCAAUUGGUUCGCGAACUGGCGAAGAAAACUGAAGAACGCCGGCAAACAGCCCUACCAGAAAACAUGGGGCGACCUGAUAAAGACCUACAACAAACAGGUGCAGGGUAAUGUCGAACACUUCAGCAUCUGCUCAGAAGACAGCAUCUGGGAGGAAACCGAAACCAACUACAAUUAUUACGAAGAGGAAGUUUACGAACGCGCCUCAGCAACUUUAAAGUUCCAAGAGCGCACUGGCGAAUACCACCACGAACCCUUCCAGAACAACAACAACAAUAACUUCGGUUCUAACGAGACCCAGAACCAAUGCUAUUUCGUCAGUUCGACUACUGAGAGUGAGGUGGACAACAAUCCGUUCGCCCAAUGCUCUAAUAAAUACAAAAACCACAUAAUGGAUAAGUACUUAAGGGAUUGCCGAAAAUCCGGAUGCGGCGGCCUGGACAACCUGGAAGAGAGCAAGCCUUCGAUGAUCUCCAAAUGGUUAGAAAGCGCCGCCAACUUCAAACCGAGCGAAAGCAGUUAUCUGGACUGGACGUUCCAGAAGUCUUCGAAGAAGAAAAUGAAGAAAUCUCCUUCUGGAGAAACUUCAGACGGUUUGUUGGUAGUCCAUGGAAGGGAAGAGCUGGAUGCCGCUGAGGCUCUGACGACGUUGGCGAACGCCAAGUAUAAGGUCUAGUUCGGAUUCCGUGGUUGUUUCUGAUAUAAUUUUCAGUUACUUGAUUCUAGAUGGAUUCCGGAUCUUUUAUAGUUCCUUUCAUGUAUAUUGACCGAUCGAAUUGACAAUUUUCGGGGAUAAUUACAGAAUAACUUCGAUAUUGUUGAAUGAGUGGAUGAACUAUAAUAAGUAAGUUAGUAUAAGUAUGCUUGUAAAAUUACCUAUGUGAUUAUUUUGAUGCACGAUACUGGACGAGUGCAAUUCAGGAAGAAAAUAAACUGAUGAAUAUUUUUAUAAAUUUUCAUUAUUGCACCAGAUAAGUAUGAUAAAUAAUAUAUAAGAGUGUAAUUUUCGAACAUAUUCUGUUAUCCAAGAUGACAUCAUCUUCGGAUAAAAUAGAAAACAUUUUAUCACAAAUCAGUGUUUUUUGGGAUCAUCUGAUUUUUUUUUUCAUUGUGAACGAACAGUUCUUCAGAUUUCGAUAAAAAUGACAAGAAAAUCUGUUCAAAAUCAGCGAAACCAGAAGAAUGAAACUUAUACAUUAUGAGAACCUGAA